GACCUGCGCCGCAGCAAGCAGCAAAUUUGAAAACAAAUCUCUCUCCUUGUUGUGAUAACGGCGCAGAGAAAAAUGUCAACCCGAUUAUUAUACAAAAAGCAAGCGGGCAAUUUUCGGGGCGGAAAUAUGUUUCGUGAACGGAUGGCACUAAGAACUGCUGACAUGCGCAAAGAAAGCAGAAGCAAGCUUUUAAACGAGAAGCGUAACCUCUGUGAGCUCAGUCAAGUACGUGAGAUGGACCCCUCCGUCGAAAACGGCGCUCCAAAGUUGUCAAAGCGCGAAUUGUUGAAAAAAUGGAAGGAGGAGAAAAGCCUCCGCAGGGCGAUCGACGCAAAAAAUAAGCGUCCGCCAUUCAAGGUGUCGACAAGCUCCAGCAAGUGUUCCCGGGAUACCCUGCCUCCAAGUUCCAGCCGGAAAAAGAUCAUUCCACGGGUUAAAAAACAUGACUGUGUCAACUGCCAAGCUAAGAAACCAGCAUCUGAGGAAAGACCAGAAUGGUGUUCCAACUGGAGUGGCCCUUCUCAGCCGAGCCUCCCCACAAUGUCUUUCGUUGGGUCGAAAAAUCAGGUUGCUACAAAGAAACAUGGCCUGUCAAAUGUGUCUGGAGCUCCUGCAUCAGUCAGUAAACUCCUCGCCAGAACAAAUAGCUGUGCUUCCGGAGCUAGCUGCUCAUACAAACGGGAGGAAUCUGAAUUGAGCUGUGCCAAAUCGAGGCGGCGUUUGGCCCUCGGUGAUGUUAACAGGAAUACCACAGACAGCUAUGAAAACCCAUCCAGAACAGCAACCACAUGGCUAAUGGAAUUCACCUCGGACACGUACUUCAGGCAAUGUGGAUUUUCACCUCGAGAAAUGAAGCGGUGGAUGAACGAAGCAAGCGCAAAGAGUCGAGGCAGAAAAGCAGAAGACGGUGACACGAGCUCAAAGAUAAACCUCUCUAGAAGUCCCCCUGAAACAAAAGGACGUAGCAGCCGCAUCACAGGACACAGAAGGGCAACGAGAGUCAACGGGGCAGAAAACUCAAAAGCAGGUUACAAUCUCCGAAGAAGAGCCACAGUGCGUGGAGAGAACUCUACUGGUCUCGCACAUAAUGUACCGCAAACACCAUGUUGAUAACUGUGCAUAAAGUGGCUAGCAUUUUUGCACGUUUUGCCCCACAUUCUAAUAUUGUCACUUCAUAUUCGACGAAGGAGGUUCUUGAAAUGUUUAAUUUCGAGUGCAUUAUUUCUUGUGAGACUUUAUCCUGAACUUCAUUUUUAUAUAUUUAUUUUAUUUCAGCUUAGUGCGCUCAGUUUACAUUGUCUCACAGUUUGUUGUCAUUGUUUGUGUGCUGCCUGAGCUCAGGCUGUGCUCUCCGUGCAUAUUGUCUACCACCUGGCGUGUGUCUGUGCCACCCUUAUGGUGUAUCUAAAAUUGAGGUAGGGUACAAAUGUAUGUGUAAUACACCACGUCUACUUCUUUAAAAUAAAUUACAUAUACAUGCA